GCGGCUGUGGAAUAAUUUGGUGGUAUAACCAAAUUUGCUGUAAAGAUAUUUGUUUAUCUCUAGUUUUCAAGUUCAUGGCUUUUAAAUUAUUAAAAGUACGUAGAUGCUUGUUAGAAAUGUACUGUUCAUAUAACAAAAUUCAGCAGGUUGAACGUGGACUAUAACUCUUGGCCAAAGCUUUGAUUUCCCAUUUUAUUUUUUUUUGAAUGAUCAUGAACCAAGGCCUAGCGUUGUCCACAUCCCAUCCCCAUCGAAAUAUGAUGCAAUAUGUUUGUGCUCAAGUGUUACAUCUGAGCUGCUACUUUCGUUGGCCAAUUGCAUUCUCCACUUGCAUUUUCAGGGAAAACUUGUUUCAGGAGGACCAAGGCAUUUCUUUUGCCAAGCCAGUUGAGCGUUGAAAGUGAGUAGCUCACCGGAUCAGUAGCGAUCGUGGCUUUAAAGUGGCCACACCAUGGACAACGCCAAAGUGAAUACUGUGGAGCACCAGACGGAUAUUUACCAAGAUGCUGUGGUCUUUAUAACGGGAGCAACUGGUUUUGUGGGAAAAUCGCUGCUGGAGAAGCUGCUCUGGAGUUUUCCGCAGAUCAAGCGGAUCUACAUACUCAUUCGACCAAAGGGCGGGGUUACAGUGCAGGAACGAUUUCGAGGAUUCCUUCAGAAUCCCAUUUUCGAACGCCUAAAAUCGGAGCAUCCAACGCAACUGAAGAAAAUCGUUCACUUUUCUGGCAACAUUGAGGACGACAACUUCGGUUUAAGUGAGUCCGACAGAUCGGUUUUGUGUGCCGAGGUCAACAUUAUUUUCCACAGUGCAGCAACAGUACGAUUCAAUGAGUGUCUAAAGGUGUCGGCUCGAGUCAAUUCGCAGGCCACCUAUAAUCUUGUAGAGCUUUGCAGACAGAUGCCUCAUCUGAGGAGUUUUCUGUACGUUUCGACGGCCUACUGCAAUCCGGGUCGCAAGUACGUGGAUGAGCAAGUGUACCCCACCAUGCCGCCGGUGGAUUGGCGACAGUUUCUGACCGCCACCCAGAAAAUACCCGACGACUAUCUGAAUCGCCUGGCCGAUUAUAUAAAGGGUCCGCAUGUCAACACCUACACCUUCACGAAGUCCAUUGCCGAGCAGAUUGUUAAUGCAUAUAAGGAUGUGAUUCCCAUUGUGAUAGUGAGGCCCUCGAUAGUCACUGCUGCGUAUAGGGAGCCCUAUCCCGGUUGGAUUGACAACAUCCAGGCCAUCAGCGGGAUAAUGAUGGAAAUUGGGAAGGGCGGCAUCAGCAGCAUCCUAGGGGAUAAGGAUCUUAUAUGUGACAUCAUCCCUGUGGACUUUGUGGUCAAUGCCAUGAUCAUGAUGGUCGGCAAGGCUAAAUUAGGGAGCUUAAGCAUCUGUAACGCCACUUCUGGAGUGACCAAUCCAAUCACCUGGCAGCAUCUUGGAGAACUCACAAUGAAGUGGUCCAGAAUCUAUCCCACCCGGCGUAUGAUCAUGUUUCCAAACUUCAAGUACAGGUGCAGUGCUUUUAAGCAUGAGUUGGCUGUGUGGGUUCUUCACUUUGUGCCCGCCUUGCUAAUGGAUUUGCAAACGCUGCUGUUGGCCCAAAAGAAGCGACUGGUGACACCCAUUGCCAAGAAAUUCCGACAGGCUUGUCUAGCAGGUAGCUUUUUUUCGCUGAACGAUUGGAUCUUCAAGAACAAGAGCCGCUUCCAUUUCAAGGAGGUGAUUGAAAAUGGUACAUAUCCCACUCUCUAUUGGAAUCUCGAAGAGCUGGACUACGAUGAGUAUGUGCGGCGUCACAUGAUUGGGAUCAACAAGUACCUGCACCGCGAGAAGUUCUCCGUUGACUCAAACAAGUUUAUGGUGACCAGGAUUUACUGGUUCUGGAUAUUCCUGCAUUUGAUUUUCUACAUGUUGCUUGUCUAUAUAACAUUUUAG